UCUCUCUCUCUCUCUUUGUUGUGUUGUUUCUGUAUCAGCAGGUGGCGGCCGAUCGGAAGAAAUUGCCAGCAAAAGAGAGUUGUUGCAGAAGAGCUCGCCAGAAUACCAACCAUGGCGACUGCUCCGGGCUGUGUCGGAAUCCCAACGUCACUGUUAGUGAACACAAGCGCACGCAGAGACGGCGGGCGAGCGAGAGAGAGAGAGAGACUGAUUUACCCUUUAGCGGCGGAUAUUCUGUUUCGGGGCAGUCAGUGGCGGUGGCGGAGCAGGAAGAACGCUCUUUCUUCUCCUGACUGACGGGGACGUCUGGCGUCGGCUCUCACAACAACGUGUGGCUAGAAGGAAUGAGCUGCUAUUGGUGCCGAUUUUGCUUUUAGCAUUUAAUUACCGAUAGAUUGACAGGAAGAACUCUUGAGAUCUCUCUUUUCAGAGCAUGUGAAUAUCAUACGCAAUUGAUUUUUGCAGACGAUUUGGCAGCCUCUCUCUCUCAAUGGCAAUUGGCCGUAAACUUUGAACAGCUUUAGCGAAACAGUGUUCUGUUUGUCCUCUUCGGUCUCGUCUGCACCUAACCUUUCCUUUUCCUUGGAAAAGUUCUUCCACCCACCAAACAGAGGACCCCUUUACUUCCUAUCUUUAUUGCUUCUUGACUUUUCCUUAGCUAUUACUGCAACGCCGUCCCCGUUCAGCUUUCAGAGUAGGUGAGUGACCAAGCAGGACCGACGAAGGUUCCAAAGCAAUGGAAAGGAAGACACCAAGAUUAUUACCAUCAUCUGGUUCAUCUCUCACCCUCCAAGCUAUUGAUGGCGAUGCUUAUGCUUUUUCUUUUUCUCUGGAAUGUAUAUAUGCCCUUAUACAUUCAUCUCUCCAUAUCUUACAUAACACCAAUCAUGUAGGAACAUCUUACAAGCCUCUCCACAGAUUUCACGGGCUCCACAAGUAGCAUUAUUGCGUUGUAAUUAGUGGAGGAGCAGGAUGAAGAGAAGCUAUAAGGAAUCUUAUUUAGGUUAUUUUGUUUAUGACACUAUCCGGUCAGUCUGAAUGAGCAUGAAUCCCCACGUGAUUUGCCAGAACUAGCUAAAAGAAAAGACAUUUGAUAGAACUGAAGUUUAAGGUAAAUCAUUUCCAGAAAUGAUUUGAGAGGGUGAAAGACCAGUGUUUGACAUGAAUGGGAGGGGACCCCUAAUACCCAUUAUAAUUAGGAGGGUCCACAAUUUCGCUUUCUAACUUGAUCGGUACUUGACCAAAGUGGGUUAACUUGGUUCGGAAAAUUAAGGGAAUUUGGGAAACGAGAUGGGUGGGCAUAGCUCAAUUGGGCUCAGCAGCCCCAGGUCAGACCGGCAAGUUGCCGCUAAGUCCUACUAGACGGGGAUGUCAAUCCUGCCAUACAGAACCCGUCCAUUGUCAGGAUUCGAUGUGGAUAGAAAUUGUAAGGUGGAGACAGGGGUUGGGAUCAGAGACAGCUUCUACGAUGACAAAGGACAAGUCUGUGUGCAAGGUGUCAGGCUCUAGUAAAUUGAUCGUAGAGCACUUUCUGAUCCUCCUUCAAUGAGCUUCCGAUCCUGCAGGAACAAGAGCUGAUCAAACCACACAGGGGUACCAUCACGCAUACCAUCAAGGCAUCAACAGUACAGCAGUUUCUCCAUGUUACUCAAUACAGAUCUUCACCAAACAGACAUCCAAGCUGCAACUGUUUGUUGAAAUUGAUGGACCAGCUUGAGGAGGCAUCAAGACAAAGAUGAACUUAUCUCGUCCCAACCCAUUUCAUUAGACAUCAAUAACUCCUCCCGAAGAAUGGGUGAUACAACUCGGCUUCUUUUCUUGGUCCUUCAUUUGCUGUGUAUCGUCAAGGUCCAGGCUUCUUACUACAAGUCCUGCCCUGACUCUCCAAACUAUACACCACCAACCGAGGCAUUCCAGCAGAACUUGAAACGCCUCUUGGACUCUCUGUCAUCCAAGGCUUCUGCCCCAGGCUACUACACAUCCAUCGGGGCAAACGCCACGGACCGAGUUUACGGAUUGGUCUCGUGCCGCGAAGACGUCGACCGUGAAGUUUGCCGGACGUGUGUGACUGACGUUAUCGCGCAGGUCGUCCAACUGUGCCCCAACAAGAAGGAGGCCUUCAUCAGUUUCCAGUACUGCUUGUUAUACUACUCCGGCACCAAUUUCUUUGGAACCUUGUCGACGAACUUUGUCUCGGUAGCGACCAAUCAGAGGGACAUGCCGGCCGAUCCCCAGCAGUUCAUGCCACAAAUGACAUCUUUCUUCAACAAGCUAAUCGCCGAGGCGACCACCAACCAGCCGGCCCGCCUGUUUGCCGCCGGCAACUUCCAGUACACCGAUCAGGUGACCGUGUACGCUGUAGUGCAGUGCAGCGCUGACUUGACAGCACAGGAUUGCAGCUCGUGUUUAAUCCAAGCCGUCGCUAAAAUUCAAGCGUGUUGUGCAAACAAGCAAGGCGCUAGGAUUCUGUCUCGACCAUGUUAUAUCAACGUCGACCAGCGCGGACCGCAGCACCUUCAAGGGAAACCUAAAGGUUCUGCUCCUCUCCAUGAUAGAGCUUGCCCCUUUAACGGGCUUCUUUGAUCACGACAUCGGCCUGGGUCCUGAACAAGUCUACGGACAGGUACUCUGCCGAGGCGACGUCUCGGUCAGCCAAUGCUGGAAUUGCACGUCCCAAGCCUCCGCCAAAAUCCUUCAACUCUGCCCCGACAGUA